AUCUUCUUCCUUGCAAUUCCCUUUCAUAGACUCAUCAUACCCUUCUUCUUCUUCCCUCUACAACGUCUUUGACCUUAAACCUCUCCCUCCCCAACACGCUAUUCUUCUUCAAAAAUUAAUCUAACAACUCUUCUUAUAUACCCUUUUUUUCUUCUUUUCAGCUACCCUUCUCAAAGUGUUCAUAAUUAUUAAACUGCUACAUAUACAUAUAUUUGUUGCACAGCCACAAUAUUUAGUUUAGUUAGUUACUUCCUUAAUUUUUUUUCCAAAGUUGUAGUUUUUGUUUCUUCAAGCCUUCACAUUUUUCCACUGUCACUAGUUUAUAUAUGAAUCAUGGGUUCUAAUAGGCCACUUCUAAUGACAGUACCAUCUCCAACAACAACUUCUAGCACCUCUAUUGAUCCUGAGCUUCCAAAAUCAAAGUCAAGUUCCAGCAAUAACGCCUUCAACCCUUUUGAGAACACUCUCAACAACUCAUCAUCAUCACGCAGAAGUUCUGGGAGCAGGAGCAACAACUCUAUCCAUGAAGUGAGUUUGAGCAGUUCAGGGUCCAUUAAAUCCAAACCUGUGAGGUAUGGCUCAAAGGGUGGUGCAGAUUCUGAAGGACUCAGCAUGUCACAAAGGGAGCUCAGAGAUGAGGAUGCAAGGUUAGUGUACAUAAACGAACCUUUCAAAACAAACGAGGCUUUUGAGUUUGCAGCGAACUCAAUCCGCACAAGCAAAUACUCCCUCCUCACUUUCAUUCCAAGGAACCUCUUUGAACAAUUCCACAGGGUUGCUUACGUGUACUUCCUCAUAAUUGCAAUUCUCAACCAACUUCCUCAGCUUGCAGUGUUUGGAAGAACUGUUUCCAUCUUGCCACUGGCCUUUGUGCUGUUUGUCACAGCUGUGAAGGAUGUGUAUGAGGAUUGGAGAAGGCACCAGAAUGAUAAAGUUGAGAACAAUAGGUUAGCAUCAGUUAUGGUUGAUGGAGGAAGAAGCUUUGUGGAGAAAAAAUGGAGGGAUGUUAGAGUUGGUGAGGUGAUAAAGAUCAAGGCAAAUGAGACUAUCCCUUGUGAUACUGUGUUGCUCUCAACUAGUGAUCCAACUGGAGUUGCAUAUGUGCAGACUAUUAAUCUUGAUGGUGAGUCCAAUUUGAAGACAAGGUAUGCAAAGCAAGAGACACAUGGUAAGGAGGGGUUUGGUGGGGUGAUUAAGUGUGAGAAACCCAAUAGGAACAUUUAUGGAUUUCUUGCUAACAUGGAAGUUGAUGGCAAGAAGUUGUCUCUUGGGUCCUCUAAUAUUGUGCUUAGAGGAUGUGAACUCAAGAAUACUAGUUGGGCUAUUGGUGUUGCUGUGUAUUGUGGGAGUGAGACCAAGGCUAUGCUGAAUAACUCAGGAGCUCCUUCUAAGAGGAGCCGGUUGGAGACACGCAUGAAUUCUGAGAUCAUUUGGCUCUCUUUCUUCCUUGUGGCAUUGUGUACAGUCACCUCAGUUUGUGUUGCGGUGUGGCUGAAGCGCCACAAGGAUGAGUUGAAUCUGUUGCCUUAUUAUAGGAAACUUGACUUUUCAGAAGGGGAUGUGGAUAGCUAUGAGUACUAUGGAUGGGGGUUGGAAAUUUUCUUCACAUUUCUCAUGUCAGUUAUAGUGUUCCAAGUGAUGAUUCCCAUUUCCUUGUACAUUUCCAUGGAGCUUGUGAGGGUUGGUCAGGCCUACUUUAUGUUCCAAGACAAGAGAAUGUAUGAUGAGGCAACAAAGUCAAGGUUUCAGUGCAGGGCUUUGAACAUUAAUGAAGAUUUGGGGCAGAUUAAGUAUGUUUUCUCAGACAAAACCGGCACUCUCACUCAGAACAAGAUGGAGUUUCAAUGUGCAAGCAUCUGGGGGGUUGAUUACAGUUCUAAAGAGAACAACAGCAUGGAGAGGGAUGAGGUAGUUGAACAUUCUGUGGAAGUGGAUGGAAAGGUCUUCAGACCAAAAAUGAAGGUGAAAGUCAAUCCAGAGCUUUUGCAGCUAUCAAGAAGUGGACUUCAAAAUGUGGAGGGAAAACGGAUUCAUGAUUUCUUUCUAGCAAUGGCAACCUGCAACACUAUUGUGCCUCUUGUUGUUGACACACCAGACCCUGAUGUCAAGCUGAUAGAUUACCAAGGAGAAUCUCCAGAUGAACAAGCAUUAGCUUAUGCUGCCGCCGCCUAUGGUUUUAUGCUCACAGAAAGAACCUCUGGCCAUAUAGUCAUUGAUAUUCAUGGACAAAGACAAAAGUUCAAUGUCUUGGGUUUACAUGAAUUUGACAGUGACAGGAAGAGAAUGUCAGUUAUAUUGGGGUACCCUGACAAUUCUGUGAAAGUUUUUGUCAAAGGAGCAGACACAUCCAUGCUUAAUGUGAUAGACAGGUCAUUUAAAAUGGACUUAGUAAGAGCCACUGAAGCACAUCUUCACUCUUACUCUUCUAUGGGUUUGAGGACACUUGUUAUUGGCAUGAGAGACUUGAAUGCUUCAGAAUUUGAGCAAUGGCAUGGAUCCUUUGAGGCAGCAAGCACUGCUGUGUUUGGCAGGGCUGUGAUGCUUCACAAGGUUUCGAGCAUUGUAGAAAACAAUCUCACCAUAUUGGGAGCAUCUGCCAUUGAAGAUAAGCUGCAACAAUGUGUGCCUGAAUCCAUUGAGUCUCUAAGGAUUGCAGGCAUUAAAGUAUGGGUUCUGACUGGGGACAAACAAGAAACUGCCAUAUCCAUUGGCUACUCCUCAAAGCUCCUAACAAGCAACAUGACUCAGAUUAUAAUCAAUAGCAAGAACAGAGAAUCAUGCAGAAAAAGUUUACAAGAUGCCCUUGUCAUGUCUGAAAAGCUCAUGUCCACAUCCGAUGUUGCAAACAAUGCUGGAGGAAGUUCACAUGCAACUCCAGUAGCCUUGAUUAUCGAUGGUACCAGCCUUGUGCAUAUUCUUGACAGUGAACUUGAAGAACAGCUAUUUCAACUUGCAAGUAGAUGUUCUGUUGUUCUAUGUUGCCGAGUUGCUCCGCUGCAAAAGGCAGGGAUUGUUGCCCUUGUGAAGAAUAGGACAUCUGACUUGACACUAGCUAUUGGAGAUGGUGCUAAUGAUGUCUCAAUGAUCCAAAUGGCUGAUGUUGGAGUUGGCAUCAGUGGACAAGAGGGUCGGCAAGCUGUAAUGGCAUCUGAUUUUGCAAUGGGGCAGUUUAGGUUUUUAGUUCCUCUUUUAUUGAUACAUGGUCACUGGAAUUACCAACGGCUCGGUUAUAUGAUACUGUACAAUUUUUACAGAAAUGCUGUCCUUGUUCUUGUCCUAUUUUGGUAUGUGCUCUACACUGCCUUCACUUUGACAACUGCUAUAAAUGAAUGGAGCUCCACGUUAUACUCAAUAAUCUACAGUUCAUUGCCAACUAUAAUUGUUGGUAUUCUCGACAAGGAUGUUGGUAAAAGGACUCUCCUAAAGUACCCUCAACUUUAUGGGGCAGGACAGAGACAUGUGGCCUACAACAAGAAAUUAUUUUUGUUAACAAUGUUAGAUACUUUGUGGCAAAGCAUGGUUAUCUUCUGGGCACCCCUCUUUGCAUAUUGGAGUAGCACAGUUGAUGUGGCAAGCAUUGGAGACCUUUGGACUUUAGGAGUUGUUAUUUUGGUUAAUUUACACUUGGCCAUGGAUGUCAUUAGGUGGUAUUGGGUGACCCAUGCUGUCAUUUGGGGGUCUAUAGUUGCAACUUUCAUUAGUGUCAUGAUCAUUGAUGCUAUCCCCAAUCUUCCUGGCUACUGGGCCUUCUUUGAUGCUGCAGGAACUGGAUUGUUCUGGUUAUUGUUGCUUGGAAUCAUAGUGGCAGCAUUGCUUCCACGUUUGGUUGUAAGAUUUGUUUAUCAAUAUUAUUUUCCUAAUGAUAUUCAAAUUUGUAGAGAAGCUGAGAAGAUUGGGUAUGAGAGAGUUGUUGAAAGUGGACACAUAGAAAUGCUUCCUAUCUAAGAUAAUGCAUCAAGAUAAGAGAAGUGAUCUUCUCCCUUUUUUUCUUUUGUAAAGUUGUAUAUUCUUUUGGCUAUUGAGAGUAUUUCUCUUUAUUACCGGAUUUCAUUGGUUGCUAUCCGAAGGAUAGAGGUUUUGUUAUCACUGUAGAGGUUUGUUGUAUCUUCAUUCUUUUGUAUCAUAAAUUUAGCAUGUUGUAAAUAAUCUUGAUUACAACAGAAAAAGAAAAAGAAAAAGAAAUAGUCGAUUGCAUGUUA